UACGGUUUAUUCAAUCCGUCCAUCCAUUUUUUCAUCUAGAUGUAGAUGUUGAGCCAUAAAUUUAAGAAUAUCCAAAGCUCAAGUGGACCAUACCACAGGAAACGGUGGAAAUACUGAUUUGGACCGUUGAAACCUUUUUAGUGGCCGUAGAGAUCUUUAUUUGUCAUCCAACAUGUUCAUAAGAUCACAAACACCUGGAUGAAGGGAAAAAAAAUAAAAAAAAUCAUCUUGAUCCAUUACUUUUGUGGCCACCCAAAAAAUUUCAACGGUAUACACUCAAUUCACACUAUUUCGUAUGUUGUGGUCCACUUGAUUUUUGGAUAUAACUAAUUUUUAGGAUCAGGACUUAAAAUUAAGUAUUAAAAUGAAUGGACAGUGUGGAUCAAAUACAUAUAUAAUGGUGGAUCCCACAGAGUUUACGCAUUACUCAGCACGCGAUCCCUUCCGUUUUCAAAGGAGAAAAAAAGGGUAGAUGAAACCCUACCGUCAUAGGAGGAGAAGAGACGGAAGGCGGUAACGGCGGCGAGAGAUUGCAGAGACGGAAGGCGGUAACUACGGCGAGAGAUUGCAGAGACGGAGAGAGAUUGCACAGAGGGAGGGGGAGAGAGAUUGCAGAGGGAGAGAGAGCUUGGGAUGGAGAGACGAAACCUGCAAUCCCCUUUUUAUAGAAGCUUAUCAAUGGUGGUUGUUGGUUUGGUAAAUGGCGGUUGUUGGUGCGGUGAUAAUGAAGCUUUGCUGCGGUAAUAGUGUUGUAGGAUGUGGAUUGGCUGAACUGCUGCAAGGCUUGCCGGAGUUCCUUCAAUGGCUGGUGCUUCUUCUUCAUUGGCUGGAGCUUCAUGGCUAUAAUGGUGGUUGGUGGGUUGGUGCGUUUCUCCCUCUUCCCCUCUUUUUAAAAAUCUGACCGUUGAGCCUGUAAGUGACUUACAGGGAAGUGACUUCCCACCCCCAUCCCCCUGCAGUUUUUUGGUAGAUUUGCCUGUAAGUGACUUACAUGUUGAAAGUUACUUACAGGUGAUUUUUCUCCCCCAAACACCACCUGUAAGUGACUUCCCUGUAAGUCACUUCCCGCUUACCCAACUUACAGGCAUCCAAACAGGCCCUUAGAUCCAAAACUCAAGUGGGCCACGCAACAGGAAACGGUAGGGAUGGGGACGCCGAACGUUGAAACCUUUUGGAGUGGGAAAAAAAGGAGUGCAGAUUGAAAUGGGGUAAUGAUCGAUCUGCAGCGUGAAAAAUGGAUGGGCCAGAUUCAAAAGGCAAAACUCAAGAGCUGGUCUAUAGCCAUCCUCGUAGUGGUCCAUGAAAUCAACGCUCGUGAUCAGCAUAAAGCUUUACCUGAUAUGCUGAGGCGGCAAUGCCUGCAUAGUAUGACGUGGACCCCACCGAGAGCAACCCUCUCCACCUUCCUUUCCCGCCAAAACCAGCAUUCAAAUCUCCCCACCCAAAACCCCUUCAUUCACAAACUCCGGAAUUCCGGUGAUCUCAAAACUACAAUCUCAACCCAUUCCACCAUCCUCAAAUCCGGACUCUCCAACGACACCUUCACAAACAACCAUCUCCUGAAUUCUUACCUCAAACUUCACCAAAUAGAGCAUGCACGCCAACUGUUCGAUGAAAUGCCCCAACGAAAUGUCGUCUCAUGGACUGCUCUGAUGGCUGGAUACAUCGACGUGGGCCAACCCGACGAGGCCCUCUGCCUCUUUAACAACAUGCCCCGAAACAAGAUUCGGCCGAACGCCUUCACUCUUGCAACAGCUGUGAACUCUUGCUCGGUACUCUCUGAUUUAAAGACAGGUCGAAAAAUCCACGCCCAUGCUGAGAUUGCCGGUUUCCGAUCGAACCUUGUAGUCUCAACUGCUCUUAUUGAUAUGUAUGGGAAGUCGAAUGAUGUAGAUAAUGCUCGACGGGUUUUCGAUGAAAUGGUGGAUAAGAAUGUUGUUUCGUGGACUUCCAUGAUUUCAGCCUAUGCCCAGAAUGCACAUGGCCAUGACGCACUUGAGCUGUUUGGGGAAUUUCUCCGAGAAGGCCCUGCAGCAACAGCUCCGAACCACUUCACGUAUGCAAGUGUUCUCAAUGCGUGCGCGAGCUUGGGUACAUUAGCUGUGGGGAAGGCAACACAUGUGGCUGUGAUCCGCUUCGGUCACCAUGUGAACAAUGUCGUCGCGAGUGCACUCGUUGACAUGUAUGCGAAAUGCGGCUGUAUUGGUUAUGGUGACAAGGUGUUUCAGCAGAUAAAGGACCCAUCUGUGAUCCCAUAUACAUCUAUGAUCGUUGGGGCAGCAAAGCAUGGGAUGGGGAAAUUCUCUCUUGAUCUCUUUGAGGAAAUGCUUGCCAAAGGAGUUAGACCGAACGGAAUCACGUUCAUCGGCAUCUUAUAUGCUUGUAGCCACUCAGGUCUCAUCGACAUUGGCCUCGAGCACUUGAAUUCCAUGGGAAAGAAGCAUGGAAUAACACCUGAUGCAAAACACUUUACAUGUGUAAUUGACAUGCUUGGCCGUGCGGGCCGCCUAGACGAAGCCUAUGAAUUGUCGAAGAACAAUAUCCCAAUGGAAGCAAACGACGCAGCGCUCAUGUGGGCCGCAUUACUAUCAGCGAGUAGGAACCACAACAGAUUAGACCUUGCUGUUGAGGCUGGUAAGAGGCUAAUAGAAUUGAACAAACAAGUGGCAACAACAUAUGUUACAAUUUCAAAUGUGUAUGCAUCAGUUGGAAGGUGGGAGGAUGUUCGAGAUAUCCGGUCUGAAAUGAAACUGCGUGGGGUGCGCAAGGAACCUGGGUGCAGUUGGGUUGAGGUGAAAAACAAUACGUUCUUGUUCUACGCAGGGGACUUGUCGACAUGCCCGCGUGCAAGUGAGGUUGCAGUUGUUUUGAAGGAUUUGGAAGUGAGAAUGAAAGAAAAAGGGUAUGUGGGUGGUGGAUUGGUGCUUGUUGAUAUUGAAGAUGAUGAGGCCAAGGAGGAAAUGGUGGGCCACCACAGUGAGAGAUUAGCUCUGGGGUUUGCAUUGAUAAGCAUUCCAAAAGGAGUGACUAUUAGAGUAAUGAAGAAUCUAAGGAUGUGUGGGGAUUGUCAUGAGGCCUUUAAACUAAUUUCUGAGAUUGUGGGGAGGGAUUUUGUGGUGAGAGAUGUGAAUAGAUUUCACCACUUUAGAGAUGGGUCUUGCAGUUGUGGAGACUAUUGGUGAGAUCCUCAUCAAACAGUUUUGUAUAGUUUGUAUGUUGGAAUAUUUGGUUGAAUUAAAUAGACUAUUAAAAAUUUGAGAACCAAAAAAGAAAAUAAAAUUAGAGAUAGAAAACUUAUACAUUUGA